CAACAAUGAAGGUUAUUAUACUGUUAACUCUUAUCUUUAAAAAGCGCGGAAGUUAUGUUUAGGAUCUCUUAAUUGAAAUCAUGUCAAUAUAUUUAUGUGUAUCAAAGAUUUUUAUUAAAUCCCUUAAAUAAUGAACAAUUGUUUUAGAUCAUUUCGUUUUAAAUACUUAUUUUUAUGUAUUUUUAUUUCAUUUAUUAUUUGCUGCACUCUCUCCUUAUUGUAUCUACCAUCUGGUAAACCUGAGGAGUGCGAUUGUGUAAGGGAAUCAUCAACCAAAAAGAGAGCUGUCAGUUCUCAUUUGCUAGGAAUCAUUGUUCCCUUUAGGGAGCGAUUUGAUGAACUUUUGGAAUUUGUUCCUCAUAUUGAUAACUUUCUGAUUGCUCAAAAAAUUGACCACAAAAUAUACAUUGUCAAUCAGGUGGAUCAAUAUAGGUUUAACAGAGCUUCUCUGAUUAAUGUUGGAUUUCUUGUAGCAACCCAAGCGGGUUGUGAUUAUAUUGCUAUGCACGAUGUUGACCUUCUUCCGCUUAAUCCAGAUCUUUCUUAUUCUUAUCCUAAGGCAGGAUUAUUUCAUGUUGCUUCCCCUGAGUAUCAUCCUAGGUAUCAUUACCCAAACUUUGUUGGAGGUAUUUUAAUUAUUAAGAGGGAAGACUUCAUUACAGUCAAUGGAAUGAGUAAUAAAUAUUGGGGUUGGGGCUUAGAAGAUGAUGAAUUUUAUGUCCGACUUAAAGAAGCAGGUCUUAACAUCACAAGGCCUUCAAAUUUGACUACAGGAAUAGAAAGUACUUUCAGGCAUAUUCAUGAUAGAGUAUGGAGGAAAAGGGAUAUGGUGAAGUGCUAUAACCAGAAAGAAGUAACCCGCCGCCGGGAUAGACAAACCGGCCUCAAGGAUGUUUCUUAUUCCAUUCAUUCUGAGAAAAACAUUGUGAUAGAGGGAGCGCCGGCUACCAUUGUCAAUGUCUUUCUCAAAUGCAACAGGACAAUCACACCGUGGUGCUUGUGCAGUGAAGAGAAAAAGAAGCAAGAGUUAAAGUCAGUAGGAAAGAAGAAAUCUACGGUCAGGUGACAUAGCCAUAAAAGGAAAAAAAUUGAUCUCAGAUUGAGAAAUGCCAAUUACUAAUGUUAUUUGACUGUUGCUUGAAUUAAAAAAAUAAAAUAAAUAUUUUAUAUAAUCAGUUUUACUAAUUGGA